AUGAGUCGCAGUAGCUAUAGUUACGAUGAGGAUGACUACGACUCCCGUUACCAGAAACGAGGGCCGUCUCCUGGUAUUCGCUAUGUCCAAAACCCUCAGCGUCCUUCAAACUACUAUGACGCUCCUCCAGGCCCCAGCUACCUUGGAGCCGACCGUCUUAACAUCACAAGUGUACAUCGAUCCAAUUCCCGCUCCCGCUCGAGGGACUAUUCCCGUACAAGAGACCGUCGCGCCAGCAGUCCUCCAGCCCCAGUUCCUGUGAUUAUCAAUAAUAAAAUCUACAACGACUUGUCUUCUGAUGACGAGGAUGAUCGCAAGCAAGUCUCACGAUCGUCUCGCCGUCGGCGCUCACGCUCACGAUCAUCACCAUCCCGAUCAUCUAGGUCUCGCUCUUCUUCAUUCAUGACCCGAGAAGAAUGGGAGGCUGAGAGAGCUCGCAAGGAGCUUGAGGAUUUGCGCCUUGCCACGUCUCGGGAGAAAGAAGAGCGAAAACUGGUUAAGCAAUAUCGUGAUGAGUGGGAGGCCGAGCAAGCACGCAAAGAUCUUGAGAAGACUAGACUCGCUAGCUCACGUGAAAGGGAUCAACGACAGCGUGAAAAGGACGAGCGACAACUAGUCAAGGGAUAUCGCGAAGAGUGGGAAGCGGAACAGUCUCGUAAAGAGCUUGAGAAGAUGCAUCUUGCCCGUGCCCGAGACGAUGAAGAGCGGCGACGCUUGAGAGAGUUUCAAGACGAAGAAGAGCUCAAGCAAGCUAAGCGCGAGCUGGAGAAGAUCAAGGGACGCAAAGCUCGUGCGGAUGAGGAAGACCGCAUCAAGAAGGAAAUCGAGUUGAAGCGGCUUAGGGAGGAAGAUGAGGCCGCAGAAGAGAGACAACGCCGCGAAAAGGAGGCCAAUUCCGCUGUUGAGGAUUACAAGAGGAAGGAACUUGAACGUAUUACCAAAGAGAAGAAACUUAGGGACCAAAAGGAGAAGGAAGCCGCCGAAGCCGUUGAACGCUACAAGCAAGCGGAGAAAGAUCGCGUAGCAAAGGAGAAGGCCGAUCAGGAGGCGAAAGACAGAGAAUACCAAAAGCGCCUUAAGGAAGACCUGAUUAAAUCAGGUCUUGAUGACAAAGCUAUCGAGGCCAUCUUGAAGAAGGAAAAGAUCAAAAAGGAACAGCAGCCAUCACCUCGACCACAGCCUCUUCCACAUCACGCAAUGCCGGGCUCAUCCCACCCAUAUGCCCCAAUCAACCAGAUAGCUACCAUUCCUCCACCCCCUCCUGCUCCUCGCCCAGGAGGUCAAGUCGCUCGUCCAACUUACACACGCAUGGCUCGCCGCCAUCUUUCUAUAGAGUCUUUGCGCGAGUUUGGUGUCGAAUUCGAUUUUGAUGCGGAUCCUGACUACGUACUGAUCAGACGCUGGGUCCCUGAGUGGGAACAAGAUCAACUAUGGAAGCACACCAAGUUGAUCCGCGAGAAGCGAAGCAAGAUGCUCAUGGUGGAGGAGAAGCGACAUGGCAGAGACGAGCCUGAGUUCGAGUGGGUGCGUAAGAAAUCAGACAAAUCAGACAAGCACAGCCGCCGCAGGAGUAAAUCACCUUCACUUUUGAUGUAUCUUGCAGGCGUGCGCCCGGCAUAG